AUGCCCAUUUAUUCCGACGCGCUCACUCUGCUCACGCAAACUAAUGAUUUCCUGGCCAGCCAGGCCUCCGCUCCCAGCACGCCCCAGCCCUGCGUCUUGCAAGUCAUCUCCUGCUGGAUGCGAGACCCUCCACGAGGCCACGAGAACCAGGACACGGAGGUUCUAGCUAAGAUUGCCCCGAGACAGCUCCGGCACUGCGUCCCAACAAGAGCCCGGCACCGGGGCCUGGCCCUCUCCCCGAAGCAGCCACCGCCAGCUGACACCAGCCUGCAAAACUACACGGACCCGCGCUCGAACUGCCAGUUUUCAAUGAAAGCGUCUUCUCACCUCUACUCAAUCAAAAGAAAGGGCUGUAUCUUCUUGCACAAAGAAUCCACACUGCUAAGGUUUGCUGUAAGUGUUGGCUACUGGAAGGACCCUUACAUCCAGUAUUUUGUGAGACAAGCCAAAGAAAGAAAAGCACCCGAAAUCAGUAGAGGCUAUUAUGCUCGUGUUCAUGGAGUCAGCUAUCUGAUUGAAGCUUUUCUGAAGAAGACAGAAUGCAACUGUCAAAUUGUUAAUCUUGGUGCUGGCAUGGAUACCCUGUUCUGGAGAUUAAAGGAUGAAAAUCUUCUCCCUAAAAAAUAUUUCGAAGUGGAUUUUCCAAUGAUAGUUGCAAGAAAAAUACAUAAUAUCAAAUCAAAACCUCCCCUGUCAAAACCAAUUAUGGAAUCCCAUUCAGGAGAGUCUCUUCUAAUAGAUUCUCACAGCCUAGACUCCAGUCGAUAUUCCAUAGUAGGAGCAGAUCUCCGUUUCUCAUCAGAUCUGGAGGAAAAGCUAAAGAAACAUAACCUGGAUAUACAUUUGCCAACGCUUCUGGUAGCAGAGUGUGUGCUGGUUUACAUGACACCGCAGCAAUCUGCAAAUCUUUUAAAGUGGGCAGCAAGCACUUUUCCAGUGGCGAUGUUUAUAAAUUAUGAGCAGGUGAAUAUGUCGGACCGGUUUGGACAGAUCAUGAUUGAGAACUUGCAGAGGCGACAGUGUAACCUGGCUGGAGUGGAAGUCUGCAGAUCCUUAGACUCUCAGAGGGAACGAUUGCUGUUAAAUGGCUGGGAAACUGCACGUGCCAUUGAUAUGAUGAAAGUGUACAGCUUUUUGCCACAGGCUGAUGUCAAAAGAAUAGAAGGACUUGAAUUCCUAGAUGAAAAGGAGCUGUUUGAACAACUAAUGCAGCACUACUGCAUCUGCUGGGCUUCAAAGGACAGCAGUAAUCUGGGUCUCGCAGACAUCACAUUCUAG